AUGGGGAUGGAUAACCUACCUUUGGUAUCUCCUUUGUGGUCUCUUAUUAUGCAGCCAAUUCCAGAAGCACCUGGAUUAUCUUUUGAUACGCCGUCAAAAUUUAGUUUAAGCCAACUUGCUUUCAGAGGAGACCACACGGCAUUUACUCUAUCGGAAUUCUUUUUUCCUAUAAAUGAAGGAAUUUUUCAGACCUUUCCACCUGAACCUAAUUCUGCCAUCCCAAUUCUGCCAUCCCAAUCCGUUGUGAAUCAUGGAGGCCCUCUGUCUCUCUUGGAAAGAAUGAAGGGUAUUGGCAGGGAAUUCAUUCAACUACCCUUGGAAGAAAAGCUCAACUACAAAGUGCAAGAACCUGAAGGCUAUGGUCAGAUGUUUGUAGCCUCAGAUGAUCAAACACUUGACUGGGCAGAUUUAUUGUUCUUGACAACUCUACCUCCAGAGAACAGGAAAAUGAAUUUUUGGCCAACAUAA